AACUCAGUAUUCACGGGUCCCCGAGGUCUCCAUCUCGGUGAUGCGAUAACUCAAGUGAAUUCGUGUCCAGUGAACACUCCUGCGGAAUGGUUUCGCUGCCUAGAAGAAGCAAGUACGAAACCGACGGGCUACUGCGUACCCAACAGUUUCAUCGGGCAGCAUCCGGCACCAGCACCGCCAGGACUCAGACACCUCAAUGCCGUCGUGCCUCCUCUUCAACCGCUGCAGCAGCCACAAAAUCAGCAGCAGAACGCUGUCAACGAGCAGGAUGUAGCUUUGCCUGUCCUCGCUUCUCAAGAUUGUUGUCCCUCCCAUCUCGCCUCCACUCACCUCUGCUUUGCCUAUAUGGCCAGUGGAAUUAAUGCAAAGGUAGGGUAA